UACAAGGACAACGUUCUGGUUUUAUACUACCACUGUUCUCCUGUUCAUCCAAGUGUGAGGUGGCCUCCAAGGUCCCACAGUGUCUUCCAGCUGCCCGUGGGACUCCUCAGAAGGCAAGGCCAUGCUUCUGACGUUAUGGUGUAGACCUGUGAAUGCCCGUGUACCCCGGUUUAAGAGCAAUGGCCUGCAGCUUCCCCCUCUUCUAUGGCAGAGCUGUAUCCUGCACGGCAAGAGCAUCACGGACCAGGCGUCUGGGCUGCCUGGGCCCCUGCCAGGCAUGCAUGAAAGAUUAGCUACUCGGCGCACUGCUUGCAUUUGAUAUGUAGUAGGCUCAAUGGUAAGGAAGACUUAAACGUGCUCCAUCUGUCCUGGGCCAGCCCAAGCUACAGCAAAGUGACACAGCCCGCCAGAGCAAGGAUUGUGCUGGAGGGACUGCUGCUGCUUCUCAGUUCUUCAGGGGAUGAGGAAACUUAAAGAAAGUGGAGGGGAAGAAAAAAAAAAAAAAAAAGGUCUGAAAGCACCCGCUUUCACAGAGGAGCUGGUAAAUACCACAGCUACAACUCCAGAGAAGAAUUUACAAGCAAUGGAAAAGACUACUUAUUUUAGAGAGAGCGGCCGCAUGGUUUGGCAAACAGAAGGAGCUUCGCCGGCGGCUCGCUCGGACCUGCCCUGUGCCACCGGCAGGAGCCGAUGGGACAAUCCAGCCGGUGCCUUUGCCUUUCUGCCUUUUCCAUCUCCGUCCAGACCUGCUGAGCUCAUUUCGGAGGCUUCUGAGCAGCUGGGCGCGCUCCCAAACGCCAUCUCUGAAAUGGCUUCAUUUGGCCCGGAGUGGAAUUCCGUCCAAUUCAUAAUUUUACUGCUGGUGGAAUGGAAGAGGUUUGGAGCCUCUGUCUACCAAAGGGCUUCAUUCUGGUCCAGAGCAGCUAAUUCCCACGGCGAGGAGAGGCUGACGGCACAGCUCAUGCCAGGGUCUGCUGGAAAUACGCUGCACGCUCAACACAGCCGGCUUCUUCCCUCCGGGACAGUUUUACAGUUUUCCAGCAGCAUGGGGGAGGGGGUGCACAGCAUGGAUUCUUGUUGUCAGGCUGAUGCGGAUUGCAAAUAA